AUCAUUCCCUAUUUUCUGGUCGACUGUCGAAAAAUUUUAAUUUGUUAACUUUUUCCAAUUAUUACAACGAUAUUCUUAAUUAAUUGAGGUUUGUUUUUCUCUAGUCUUUUAUAUAAUUUUAUAUUUUGUUACAUUCCUCGUGUGUUAAUCACCAUGGUUAAUCUUAGUGAAGCUCAAGAGAAACUUAAAAAAUAUCGCGAAGACAAUGAACGUAAGAGUAAAGAAGUAUUGGAUAUUUGGGACUCGUCACUAAAACACAAAAUUAAACACCUAGGAAAUGAUCGUUACCUAAUUUUGGAACAAGUUUUAAUUGCUGCAUGUGACUGUAAUCGUAUCGAUGUUGCCAAAUCAUGUUUGCAAAUGCUAUUAAAAAAGUUUCCUGACAGCCAUAGAGUACGUAGAUUGGCUGUAACCAUUCUGCAAGCUGAGGAAAAGUACGAUGAAGCAUUAGAAGCCCUUGAUAAAUUAAUUAAAGCUGAUGAGACCAAUGCUCAGACUAGGAAACAUAAAGUUGCCGUAUUAAAAGCAAAAUGUCAAAUUAGUGAAGCCAUCAAAGAACUUGUCGAUUAUUUAAAAAAAUUUAUGGUUGAUCAAGAAGGUUGGCAAGAAUUAAGUAAUUUGUAUCUUUUAGAAGGGGAAUAUGCAAAAUCAGCGUACUGUAUGGAAGAAAUGAUUUUACACAAUUCUCAGAAUCAUUUAUAUCAUCAACGUCAUGCUGAUAUUCGUUACACACAUGGAGGCGUUGACAAUUUAGAGCUAGCUCGUGCUCAUUAUUCAUAUGCAAUUCUUCUCAAUCCAAAUAACAUCAGAGCAUUAUAUGGCUUAUAUUUAACUGCGCGUAGUUUAAUUGGUUUUCAAAAGACCACUCAGUCAAAGAAAACUACAUUAAAAAAAGUUGCAACACUAUCGUUAAAACGAAUAGAACAUAUGUACAGUGAAAAAAAACAAUUGAACAAAAAAAACCAAUUGUAUGUGCUAGAAACAUUAAUGGGAUCAUUGCAUUUAAGUUUAAACUAAAUAUUAUUUAAUAGGUUAUGGUUAUUAUCUUUAUUUAUAUUUGUAUUUCACAAACAUUUUUUCUUUGCAUUUAUUAAAAGUAUGUCGGAACUUCUAUAAAUGGGAUGUUGUUCAUCUUCUGGUAUGUAUGAUAUUGUAAAAUAUUUAAUCAAUGUGUUAGUAAACAUUUCCCAACUUGUUUUUUGUUUGUCCGUAUCUCUAAUCUCUUGACUAAUUAAAAUUAAAGUUUCCGGUGUUGUCGAA